CUAUCAUCGUCACUCUCUUUCUCUUUUAAGAAUAGCUCUCUAUCUUCGUCAAGAGGAGAUUCAUUAUGGCAAAACCCCAUAGUAUGGAGAAUCCCCUAUUCUUUCCACUGGCUUUGCUUAUCAUUUUCACCAUUGGCAUAACCACACAUGCGAAUCCAACACUAACGUUGGACUAUUAUCUGUCGUCGUGUCCUAAUGCUUUAGACAUUGUAAGGAAAGAGAUGGAAUGUAUUGUACAAUCCGAACCACGUAUGGCUGCUUCCGUAUUAAGGUUGCAUUUUCAUGAUUGUUUUGUUCAGGGAUGUGAUGCUUCGAUUUUGCUCGACGAAACAAUUACACUUCAAGGUGAAAAGAAAGCACCACAAAGCAAGAACUCUCUCAGAGGAUUCGAUGUUAUCGAUAGGAUAAAAAACAAGCUAGAAUCUGAGUGCCCGGGAAUUGUAUCGUGUGCAGAUUUAUUAACCAUUGCUGCUAGAGAUGCUGUAAUCCUGGUUGGUGGACCGUACUGGCAUGUGCCAUUGGGAAGAAAAGAUUCAAUAUCUGCAAGUUAUAUUAAAGCCAAGACUAAUCUUCCUACCUCCGAUCAAAACCUAGUCCCUCUCAUGGCCAAGUUCAUGUUUCAUGGUUUCUCCGUCACAGAUAUGGUUGCUCUUAUUGGUGCACAUACAAUUGGCUUAGCGCGAUGCAAAAACUUCCGUGAAAGAAUUUAUGGAGAUUUUGAAGGAACUAUAGACCAGAGUAAUCCCAUAAGUCAGAGCUACCUUGAAAAACUAAAAUCUGGUUGCUCAGCUAUUCCAACAGCAAUAGAUGAAAAUCAUACAACUGCAAUGGAUUAUGUUACACCAUAUAUUUUUGACAAUUCUUUUUAUCAAAUACUACUAAGAGGAGAAGGAUUACUUAACUCAGACCAAGAAAUGUAUUCAAGUCUUUUCGGGAUUGAAACGAAGAAGAUCGUUCGUAAAUUCGCAGAAGAUGGGCUUGCUUUCUUUAAUCAGUUCUCUGAUUCUAUGGUGAAGAUGGGAAAUAUCAUUAAUCCUGAUACUAUUGAGACUGGGGAAGUAAGAAAGAAUUGUAGAUUUGUGAACACUUGAUUGGGAUGAUUAUGUUUAGUACACUGACGGACCUACAGCUGGGCUAAAGGGGGCUUUAGUCCGGGUAGCCCUCCCGGUCCACAAGCCAAAAUAAAAUAAAAUUCUAUUCCACCAAAACUUCUAGCCCGGGCCUUACAAGGAAAUUUAGCUUUCCUGGGUCCGUCCUUGGUUCAGUACCAUUGUUGAUCAAAUUGGGAUACCAUUUUUACUUAUGUUACGAAAUAUAUAUUAUAUACUGUAUGUAUGAGAUUAUAUUUAUUAUUAAAAUUUGUAAUUCAGUUAUCAAGAAUUUAUAA